UGUUAGAAACAUUGGUCUAAAUUGCAUCUGGUGAGAAGCUAGCCUUUCGUAAGUGAAUAAGCAUAAAUUAAACCAGGAAACAUAUUUCUAAGACCGUGCAAAAAGUUAAGUGAAUUUUUUAAAAGUAUAUUGGGUCUAAAAUAAAUAGUGUGUCAUAUAUUUUAUUAUUGGAAGGUUUACUAUCCGCGUUGUGUUUAUUACAUAAAGUUGAGCCUUUAAUUUUACCGGAGGCCUAUCUUAUUUAAAAAUUGUUUUGUCAUAAAUUAACGAUGAAAUUAGUUUCUCAUCUUAUCAUGGCGCUGGCGGUCAAUUUUGAAAGUUUUUUAUCUUUAUCUGAAGAAUCAUCCGGAAUUCUUCCGGUUCCCUUCGAACAUCAACUGCGCCCUUCAGUUGAGGCUAUUCCGUCCCUGCCAAGAUAUAAAAAGCCAAAGGAAGCUCUGAAGCACAUUUUGACAAUGUCAGGCCACUCACAUUUCGGCAACAUUCAACACCGGAAAGGGCGCCAAGAUCAGAAGCGCUCGAAGAAUUUCGAAAAGUGUAUCCGAGAAAUCACCGUGGCAGCUAAGAUGGGUUUGCCAGAUCCAAAUGCAAAUCCGCGGCUAAGACAAGCCAUUCAGGCAGCGAGGAAAGAAAAUCUGCCCCGUGACAAAAUAGAGGCCGCCAUCAAAAAUGCCAUCGGUAACGCUGCUAAGGAGAGUUACGAAGAAGUUCAGUACGAAGCUUACGGUCCUUCCGGCACGGCAUUGAUGAUCAAGGUGCAGACGGACAACCGAAAUCGAAUAUCGGGCUACCUGCGGCGCGUCUUCAACCAGCGCGGAGGAAAUCUCGGGGAGUCUGGCACUGUUAAACACCUCUUCGACCACGUCGGUCUAAUCGUCUACAGGGCGAACGAGACGCAGUUCGACGACAUCUACGAGUUCGCCAGCGACCUGGACGUCAUCGACAUCGAGAAGGACGCCGACGUGGGUAUCGCGGAAGUCACCUGUGACAUGAAGCAAUUCGGAGUCGUCAGGGACGCCCUAUACAAGAAGUUCGGGGACCCGGAGUUGGCCCGCCUCACGUGGAAGCCCAAAAACCUUGUGGAGAUCACCGACAAAAAAUUGGGUGAUAAACUCGCGCGACUUAUCGAGGCUCUCGAGGAUAUUGACGAUGUCCAAUACGUAGAGACUAAUUUUUCUUUGCCUGAUCGAGGAGAAACGGAAGAAUAAUUUUUGUGUGUGAGAAAGACCCUGGGCCGGAAAUACACAGAAAGGCUGAGGAGAAUAUUUUUUUUUUAUAAAAAUCAAAAUCAUGUUAUUUUCGGACAAGAAACUCUUAACUGACCUAUCCUGCCGAGCUAAGGAAAAACGCCAUAUUAGCCAUUAGACGUUGCCAAAUUUACUUCAA